AUGGCCGCCAAAAUGAUCCUCUUUGCCGUUGUCAAAUCCAAUGAAGCAUCCAUCGAAGAUGGCCAGUGCUUUCUGUUUCUAUUGCAAGGACAAUCAAUGCUGCUGAGGCAGAAUGUUUAUUGUCCAUUAUCUGCAACCAUGUCCUCUCGCCUCAAGCCUGAAACCUUUGACUGGGCCGCUGCUCAUGCAUUUGAGGAGUGGGAACAUGACCUGAAGAUCAUCGAGAAUCAUGGAAAAGAAAUGAAGGACGCUCCUCCCCUUUCGCAAAAGCACGCAGUUCAGAGUGAUGUCGAGAGUGACGAAGAGUAUGAGUUUGGCAAGGAGGAACCAGCCAAGAAGGGAGCCAAGAAACCAGCCCCGAAACCAGCCCCGAAACCAGCUGCUGGUAAGAAGCCAAAGCCAUUGACACCAUCUGACUACGGCUUCAAAGUUGUCACUGUUACUGACCUCGUUCCUUCUGGAUUUCCCCAAUAUCCUCGUGGCACUCCUGAAUUCCGCGAUGGAUCUGAUACCCCAUUGUAUCGUGGUGAUGCUGGAUUUGGGGAACGUCCAACCAACUCUCCACAUCGCCCUGUUGCCCUGAAUUACAAAGAGGUCAAGAAGGAAGAAUUGCCGGCUAUCGCCCCUUGCCGCUACUGUGAGCAAUAUCCAUGCUACAUGAUCCAAGAUCUAGUUGGAGGCAGUUUGAUGAUGACAGGAGAUAUGAUGAAGGAUGAAGGUUUCGAGAACAAAGUUAUCAGGAAGGCACUUUACAAAGAAGCUGCUCGAAUGAUCUUUGGUCGACUUGGUGCUGGGAAACGCCGCCCUCUCCCUGUCUGCGUUGAAGGCGAGAUCAAAGAUACAUGGCCUCGCAAUGCUGCCAAAGAUGACGAGUACAUGUGGUACAAAGAAAACUGA